GGAACGGGCGACGUGCUGGGGGGAUGCGCUCCAUGAAGGCUCUGCAGAAGGCGCUGAGCAGGGCCGGCAGUCACUGCUGGAGGGGAGACUGGGGUCACCUGAGCCGGAGCCCCCUCCUGGGCGGGGGCGUCCGGCACCACCUCAGUGAGGCCGCGGCGCAGGGCAGGGAGACGCCGCACAGCCACCAGCCGCAGCACCAGGCUCAUGAUGCGUCAGAGAGUGGCAUGCUGUCUCGCUUGGGUGAUCUGCUCUUCUACACUAUUGCUGAGGGACAGGAACGAAUCCCUAUCCACAAGUUCACUACUGCACUGAAGGCUACUGGACUGCAGACGUCUGAUCCCCGGCUCCGGGACUGCAUGAGCCAGAUGCGCCGCAUGGUUCGAGAGUCCAGCAGUGGCGGCCUCUUGGACCGAGAUCUCUUCCAAAAGUGUGUGAGCAGCAACAUUGUGCUCCUGACCCAGGCAUUCCGAAAGAAGUUUGUCAUUCCUGAUUUUGAGGAGUUCACGGGCCAUGUGGAUCGCAUCUUUGAGGAUGCCGGAGAGUUCACUGGAGGCAAAGUGGCAGCCUACAUCCCUCAGCUGGCCAAGUCAAAUCCAGACCUGUGGGGCGUCUCCCUGUGUACUGUGGAUGGUCAGCGGCACUCCGUGGGCCACACAAAGAUCCCCUUCUGCCUGCAAUCCUGCGUCAAGCCCCUCACCUAUGCCAUCUCUGUAAGCACCCUAGGCACUGACUACGUGCACACGUUUGUGGGCAAGGAGCCCAGUGGCCUGCGCUACAACAAGCUCUCCCUCAACGAGGAAGGAAUCCCCCAUAACCCCAUGGUCAAUGCUGGCGCCAUUGUUGUGAGCUCCCUGAUCAAGAUGGACUGUAACAAAGCAGAGAAGUUUGAUUUUGUAUUGCAAUAUCUGAACAAAAUGGCUGGAAAUGAAUUCGUGGGUUUCAGCAAUGCCACAUUCCAGUCAGAGAAGGAAACGGGGGAUCGGAAUUAUGCCAUCGGCUAUUAUCUAAAGGAAAAGAAGUGCUUCCCUAAGGGGGUGGACAUGAUGGCUGCCCUGGAUCUCUACUUCCAGCUGUGCUCCGUGGAGGUAACCUGUGAAUCAGGCAGUGUCAUGGCAGCCACCCUGGCCAAUGGUGGGAUCUGCCCCAUCACAGGAGAGAGCGUGCUGAGCGCUGAAGCAGUGCGCAACACCCUCAGCCUCAUGCACUCCUGCGGCAUGUAUGACUUCUCAGGCCAGUUUGCCUUCCACGUGGGCCUGCCAGCCAAGUCAGCUGUGUCAGGAGCCAUCCUCCUGGUGGUACCCAAUGUCAUGGGAAUGAUGUGUCUCUCACCUCCACUGGACAAGCUGGGGAACAGCCACAGGGGCAUCAGUUUCUGCCAGAAGUUGGUGUCUCUCUUCAAUUUCCACAACUAUGACAACCUGAGACACUGUGCUCGAAAGUUAGACCCACGGCGUGAAGGGGGAGAAGUAAGGAACAAGACUGUGGUAAACCUGUUAUUUGCUGCCUAUAGUGGAGAUGUCUCAGCUCUUCGAAGGUUUGCCUUGUCAGCCAUGGACAUGGAACAGAAAGACUAUGACUCCCGCACAGCCCUGCAUGUUGCUGCAGCUGAAGGACACAUAGAAGUUGUUAAAUUUCUGAUUGAGGCUUGCAAAGUGAAUCCUUUUGUCAAGGACAGGUGGGGCAACAUUCCCCUGGACGAUGCUGUGCAGUUCAAUCACCUGGAGGUAGUGAAACUGCUUCAAGAUUACCAGGACUCCUACACACCAUAUGAGAACCAGGCUGAAGCAGCAGCGGAGGCUCUGUCUAAAGAGAACUUAGAGAGCAUGGUGUGAGCAUGGAGCACACAUGGUCCCUGCUCAAGAAAAAGCACGAACUGGCCACACAUUUAACCCAUAACCACCAAACAUGCUAUGGAGAGCUGCAGUCCUUCAGUGCAGACCAAGACAGGCCAGUGCUUUCUGUGAGAGGCAAAAUACCCCAUUUCCCUUGGCAGAGUAUAGAGAAGUGCCUAGGUGGAUACCUGCAGUAGAGCUAUCCACGGAGACUGUGGGCUUCUUCAAGGUAUAGCCUAAUUGCCUAGCCCACUCAGAAUCUUUCCAGGUCUUCACCCAGGUGCCCUCUUCCUCUCCCUGAAGAAACCAUCAUGAGAGAGAAAGAGACACUUGGGUGAAGGGGCUCUAGCCACCAUGCACAUGUCUAUAUAGAGCUAUGCACCUGGUUUUAGUUGUCUGGAGAGAUAUGUCCCCCUUGGCAAGGAAACAGAAAUUUUAUAGACAGAGAAAGUAUUUUGUGCUUAAAUAAACUUUAAUUACACAAAUGA